GAGAUCCUGGUGGGUGCCAAGUUGGCCUUGGUCCUGUUUGGGGCUGCCUUCCUGCGCUGCGCCAUCUUCAAGGUCUAUGGCGCUGAGUGUGUGGCCAUUUGUUUAUCGAUGCUAGUGAUCGUUUUCUGCUCAACAGCUCUUGGUGCUGCCCUGCCAAUCAUCCUCAACAAGCUAGGCAUAGAUCCCGCGCAUGCCGGCGCCACGAUCCAAGU